UCUUGUUGAGGAGAGAGAUGCUAAAACCACUCUCAAGCCUGGCAAGCAUAUUGAUGAACUCAUGAAAGUGAAUGAUGAAUCUGUAUCAAAAGUUUUAGACUGGUUUAAAAGAAGUUCUAGUACUGAAGAUGAGGAACUUGUAUCAAUGAAGUCCCAAGGCAGGGAGCCCAGAGAGAAAGUGGAUGUGUCAAUCAGAACAGCAGUUCUUCCCACAGAACACAGUGGGCCUGACAUGCAUGAAAAUACAGAAGAUAUAGAAGAGAGACCGUUUGGAAAGAUUAAACAACAGAGCAGUAUUUCAUCUACAUCCUUUACUUCAGAAAACAUGCAGCUGAUAAAGGAGAGAGUGAAGCCUAAGACAGGGGAAGCAAAUGAAAAGCAAAAUGAUAAAUUUCUAACUGAAUUUGAUUGUACAAGAGUUGAAGAAAAAGAACAUGGUCAAGAAAUCAAACAACAAAAUAAAAAAUCAAAUCUCUUGGAACAUCAAGGGCACAAGCUACCAGCUCAGAAAUGUGAAUCAGAGAAAGCAAUACAAGAAAAAAGAAGAAUAAGGGCGAUCAGAGCAUUCUGGGAAGGAGAUAAAACUAUCCCCAGUCAUGGAGAGAAAGUUAGUAUCAAUGCUGAUUCAUCAGGUGGCCGUGCAUUGACAGGUCUCAGAGAAAGUGACAAACCAUCUGCAGUGUAUCCCCCUAAGGCACUGCAUGAGCAGAGCAAGAAUACAUUAAGAAGUCCUGAACUAAGUUGUGUGAGCCAGGCUUCAAGAAACAAAAGUCACCAGUCUUUUGAAUCUGGACCAGGCCAUGCAUUUGAAAAGCCAGGAGGGACACUUCAAUCUGAUGAAGCUCGUGAAUUUACAGAGCUCCCAAAAGCCAGUAACUUGAAUCCCAGAGCUGGUGUCAAUUCAGCUUCCUCAAAAAGCAAAGACAAAGAUGAGAAGAAAGUCGCUGCUUCUUCCCAACAGAAGCCCAGCUUCCAGGUUUUGUCUUUAAAAGAAAAGAUGAAUGAAAAGUCCCAGAAUCAAAUUUUAGAUCCUUCACACUUCCAGAGUCUGAGAAACUUCUGGGAUACUGGAGUUAAAUUCCAGAGCAGCAUUGGCAGGGAAGAUGAUUCUUUGCCAUAUAACACUAAAUCAAUAACCUAUGAAAGAAAAUCAAAAGAAGAUAAAGGCGGAGAUAAUGUGAACAAGCAAGGGUUAAUUCAACAACAAACCCAAACAUCUGAGAAAGAAAAAAUACAGAAACUAGAUUCUGCGGUACGCAAAGAGUCUCUAGAAUCUCCUAUCCUAAAAGGUCUGAAUGUGACACACACAACAAAUACAGACUCUCUCCAGCUGGACAGACAAGCAGUUACCUCAAAAUCCCAGGAAAAGACGGGUCUUCCAGAGCAAGAAGUUAAAGAACUUAGAGAAAAAGGCAUUGUUUCAUCAAAACAUCAUCAUGGAUCCUUGCAGCUCCAGUCAGCUGGUGAUAAAGCUGCUUUAAAGGAGACAGUAGUAGGGGAUAAACUAUAUUUACCUAUAGAAAAAGAGGAAAACAAGACUGGUCCUUUGGAUAAAGAGGAAGUUGCAGAGACUGUGGAUAAAGUUGUUCUACCUAAAGGUGAGCUUGAUAUAUUUAAAUCAUGUCUAAAGAAGCUAGAAAAGGAAGCCUCUGAGAUGUCAUGUAGCUUAAACCUAAAAGGAAAUAUUUUAAAAGGGAAACAUUUUCAGUCAAAUCCAUGCAAGGUCUUUGAGAGAACAGGGGAAGACAGUCAUGAUAUUUUUUCUGUUGAGCGAGGAGAAGAAAUAGGCAAAAGUACAGGACAAGUGAAUGUGUCAUCAACAGAUAAGCAUGAGAACAGAAAAAGUCUCAGAAAACUGUUUAGGGAAUUUGAACCUUUGAAUCUGCAAUAUCAGGCAGCAGAAAAGGAUGAUACUCUUGAGGGCUCUCAGAGGCCUCAAGCUGGUUUGCAGAACCUUCUCAGAGAAACCUUUGUAUCUCAACCUUCUGAAUACAGAAGGGUGGGAAUGAAAACAUAUGACGACUCAAAUAGUAUGUCACAGACUAACUGCAAUGCAGAAUCAGCACACCAAGAAGCUACUGGUCAGCCUGAAGAGGUACGUGAGACCAUAGAGAAGUCUGUAGCUGGAUCCAAGGACAAUGGCUUGAGUUCUGCUCUAGGGAAGCUGCUGAAGGAGGCUUCUGAAACACCACCUCCUAAACCCAAACGUGCUGACAGCACAGCAUGGGAGACUGCUGAGGAGCAAGUUAGGACAGUGUAUGAACAUGGUGGAGAAGUGCUGCAGGAGAUCUGUGAGACUGUAGAAAGGUCUGUUGCCCCAUCCAAGGCCAGUGGCUUGAGUUCUGCUUUAGAGAGUCUGCUGAAGGAGGCCUCUGAAACACCCUCUCCUAAACCCAAAUGUGCUGACAGCACAGCACAAAGGACUGCUGAGGUGCAAGAUAAAGGCAUGAUGUAUGAGCAUGGUGAAGAGAUGCUGCAGGAAAUCAGUGAGACCAUAGAAAGGUCUGUUGCCCCAUGCAAGGUUAAUGGCUUGAGUUCUGCUUUAAAGAGGCUGCUGAAGGAGGCCUCUGAAACACCCCCUCCUAAACCCAAACGUGCUGACAGCACAGCACAGAGAACUGCUGAGGUGCAAGAUAAAAGCACAACUUACGAGUGUGAUGGGCAGCUGCUGCAAGAAAUCCAUGAGAUAAUAGAAAAGUCUGUUGCCCCAUCUUCAGACAGUGGCUUGAGUUCUGCUUUAGAGAGGCUGCUGAAGGAGGCCUCUGAAACACCCCCUCCGAAACAAAAACAUGCUGACAGCACAGUACAGAGAACUCUGGAAGUGGAAGCUAAAAGCAUGACCUAUAAGCAUGGUGGAGAGGUACCUCAAGAAAUCACUGAGAAUAUAGAGAAGUCUGUUGCCCCAUCCAAGGCCAGUGGCUUGAGUUCUGCUUUAGAGAGGAUGCUGAAGGAGGCCUCUGAAACACCCUCUCCUAAGCCCAAACAUGCUGACAGCACAGUACAGGGGACUGCUGAGGUGAAAGCUGUGAGCACAGCCUAUGAGCAUGAUGGAGAGCCGCUGCAGGAAAUUGGUGAGACCACAGAAAGAUGUGCACUGUCCAGCACUGGGUAUAGAGGGUCUGAUGUUGAUUUUCAGAAUCUACCAAAAGAGGUCUCUGAAACACCAGCUUCUGUGCUGGAAAAUACGGAUAAGAAAAUUCAUAAUAAAAUACAGACUAGUGUAGGUAUACAUGUUCUACAUCAACAAGACAGUGAUCACCCUCAAGAAAUACAAGAAACUAUAGAAAAAACUUCUGUUUCAAAUAUUGCAAAAUUUGAAUUCAGUCGCUCUGUAGAAAAACUUCUUCAUGAAGCAUCUGCAGUUUCAUGUCCAAUAACAAAAGAUUUGUAUCAGCAAGAGGAAUUUGAGGAUCAUACAUUUCCAUCAGAAAAAGAGACUCUAUUCAUGACAAGGUCACAGCCAUACAAUGCCCUAAGUAGCUAUGAUACACAAUUGGAGAUAGUUCUCAAAGAGGGAGCUCGAGAAAAAUAUGUCAAAGCCUCAGUUAAUGAUCUUGCAGUAAGUGAAAUUGAAGCUUCUAGUUUUAAAAGAGAUGGAGCUAUUAACAGAAUAGAAGAGAGAAUCAUGAUUCCUGUUGAUCUUCAUCCCUUGGAAGGCAAGACCAAUAUGGUUGCAAUCAAACCAUUUGAGAUAAAUGAAAAAGGGAUGAAUGAAAGCACAUUCUUGGAGACUUCUGAACAGUAUCCAGAAUUUCAAGCACUGGUGAAUUUCAGAAGAGCAAGUACACCACUUAAUGAUGAAAGCAACUCCCCCCAGCCAGAAGCAGCUCAGUUCUGCCAAAUGUCUCUGCAUGAGGAUAACAAUGAAGAGGAAGGCAACAACUUAAAUUUGGGAUCCAGGAUUUCCAAUGAAAACUCUGAUUCCCUCUCCGGAACCGGAAGUUCAACUCGUUCUGAAGAAGAAUUAAACCCUGUUUUGAUGGCAUUGAAAAGGAGUGCAGAUAGGAAAAAGCCUUCCAAAAGUCUAGAGGACAUUCCAUCAGCCACCUCAAAUAAAGAAAAAAUAAAUAAACCAAAGGAAGAAUUAGUUCUUAGUGCUGAAGAUGGUCCGAAACCUGAUCAGCAUCAAGAGGGGACUGAAAAUGCAGCAGAAAUUUCCACAGUGACUUCACAGCCUGAUAAACUGUUUUCCAACCCUGAAAAACUCAAAGGACUGAGCAAGUCAGUACCCUCAUUCUUACAGGAAGAGAGUGAUGACAGAGAGACAGAUACAGCAUCAGAAAGCAGUUAUUCCUUUGGCAGAAUCAAGAAGAGUCCCAGCUCUCUAACCAAUCUUAGCAGCUCUUCUGGCAUGGCCUCCUUAUCCUCUGUGAGCGGCAGCCUGAUGAGUAUCUACAGUGCAGACUUUGGCAGUGUUGAUGUGAAGGGGAACAUUCAGUUUGCCAUUGAUUAUGUGGAAAAGCUGAAUGAGCUCCACAUCUUUAUUUGCCAGUGUAAAGACCUGGCAGUAGCAGAUGUUAAGCGGCAGCGUUCAGACCCGUACGUAAAGACCUACCUGCUUCCAGAGAAAUACAGACUGGGCAAACGGAAGACCUCUGUCAAGAAGAAAACUUUUAAUCCAGUCUAUAAUGAGAUACUGCGGUAUAAAAUUGAGAAGGAGCUCCUAACGAAUCAAAGCCUCAAUAUCUCUGUCUGGCACAAUGAUACCUUUGGGAGGAAUAGCUUCCUUGGCGAAGUGGAGUUGGAUUUAGGAGCUUGGGACUGGAAUGAUCCAUCCAAUAAGCAGAUCAACUGGUUUCCUCUCAAGCCAAGGACUUCAGCAGUAACUCUUAACCUAGAAAACAGAGGGGAGAUGAAACUAGCCCUCCAGUAUGUCCCACAUCCAAUUGGAGGAAAGAAGACUCUAUCUACUGGUGAGGUUCACAUCUGGGUGAAGGAAUGCCAUAACCUCCCUCUUCUGAGAGGCAAUAGGCUCAACUCUUUUAUUAAAUGUACCAUUCUUCCAGACACCAGCAGAAAAAGUCGCCAGAAAACAAGGACGGUUGCCAAAACUACAAACCCAGUAUUCAACCACACCAUGGUCUAUGAUGGCUUUAGACCAGAAGAUUUAAAAGAAGCCUGCAUAGAACUCACAGUCUGGGAUCACAACAAACUAGCAAACCACUUUCUGGGAGGCCUAAGGAUAGGUCUUGGAACAGGCAAAAGCUAUGGAACUACAGUAGAUUGGAUGGAUUCUACUUCAGAUGAAACUGCCCUUUGGGAGAAGAUGAUGAACUCUCCAAACACCUGGGUAGAAGAUACAUUACCUCUCAGGAUGCUUAUGGUUGCAAAAUUGACAAAAUAAGGUGGAUUUAUAUUUGUUUGUGUCAAAAAGAUAUCUUGGGAAUGAAAUUGAAAGCAUGGGGGUGGAACUUGGAAGAGGAACACAGCAGCUUUUUUGACAGUUUCUGCUCUGUUACUGUUCUGGUUAUGUGCUGUCAAAUGUCACUUUGUAUUUCAAAUUAAACAUCUGCUUGCAGAUCAUUAUGUAAACUGUAAGGAUUUUUAAAUUUCUUAUUCACUGAAAACAACUUCAGGAAAGAAGGUGCUUACAGAGCUCAUUGUUAGAGGUAGCUGUGAUACCUGGAUGACUGUGUUGUCUAACUGAAGCAUUGCUGAUCCCUUAAAUGAUCCAAAUAACCAGCAGAAAUAUAGGAGCAAAGUCAACUGUUUCUCUACAUUGCUGGGAUUGUUCAUGAAGCCUUACUGAUAAGACAGCAACAUUAGUGUUAAAGCUCACUGGUAUGUGUUUUUAUCCUCAUUAUGCCUUGUUAGAUCUCACCAGCAUGGAAUAUGGGCAUGAAGCAUCUAGCUUUUUGAAAGUUCCUGUAGUUGUAAUUGUACAUUUCUAGGACACACCAGUUACUUCCCCAAUGAGAGAAGCAUGGCAGGAAGUGGGACUGUCAAUGUCCUAUUCUACAAGGUGAAGAGGACUUAGUUCCAAUGUACUGUAAAAAAUCAGGGUUAUAAAAAAUUUGCUUUAUAAAUGUGUUAAUCAUCUUGCUAGCAUACAAUACUUAGUCUUAAGUGCUGAAGAUGUGAAGGUGAAACUUUUUUUAUUACAGUGCUACUCAAAAGGAUCGAAAUGUGCCAAUUUUAGUGAUGACAAGGAUGUUGGGUAUUUAUUCUCCAAAGUGCACUUGUUUGUUUGUACCUGUAUCCAUCAGGGAAUCCACUUUCUCUCUCGUCAACCAGGCAAUCUGUGGAGUUUAAAAAUGUCAAAAGCAGUUUGCCAGUCUUUGGUAUCUUCCUGCUUCAGCUGUUUUGUAUGAGAUUGGUAACUGCUCCAGCUUCCACUCUGCCAGACAUACAAAACACUUUUUUACUAGGGAACACAUGCACAUGACACUUCAGAACAAUGUGUUCUUGCCAACGGGGUACAGCUGUUCACUCCCUAUAUGAAUUAAUUUUUCACCUGAAAACAGAGGUUGCUGUGAACAUGACCUUCAGUUUCACAGGAUUAAUGUUUUUAUUGCAGUUGUAUCUCCUGUGAAGCUCCAAUACACUGCUAAGUCUAAGCAGCUUUGGGUUCAAUUGUAGGAAUGGGGUCUUAAGGCUCCAGAUUUGCAGGCAAGUGUCAUGUAAUCUGCUAUGUUCUCUACAAUAAUACUCUACAAAAUUUUUGUACCUAAAUUUCCCUGCUAUCAAAAUAAAAGGUUUAGUUUGUGACA